AUGAAUGUUGCUGAUCCAUGGAGUAGCAGUAGUGAUUUUCCUAAUCAAAUCCAGCAGCAGCAAGAAGGUGAAGCAGAAUACAGACGUCUGCAAUUUGAAGACGACUUUGAAGCUGUGAGCAUCGCGGAAGUCGAUAACGGUCACAAUUCUCGGCAGCCGCGGGAUAAUCGACUGCCUGAUUCCGAUAACUACUUGGCUGUAUUAGAGCGAAAGUUGAAAAGGUUGAAAACAAGCCCAACAGUGUUACAACAGUUAGUUGAGAGAAGGGAAGUUUGUAUGCAAUACCUGCUCAACGACACAGACAGAUCAUCUUAUUGCGCUGACUUAGAGCUAAACGAACCGAUCAACAACUACGAGCUACUGCGUUUCAUUAAACCUGAACAGGCUCAGUCUGUAGCUGAACGAGUGAAUUUGAUAAAGUACGAUCAUCUAGAACCGGAACGAGCCGAAAAAGAUUUGGAUACUGGUAACAAGGAGGGUGAGGAAAGUGGUACCGAAAGCUCAACCAGUCGUUAG